AUGAGACGCCAUUCCCUCUGCCUCAACUGUGGAGCCCCAGACCAUAGAGCGAAUGAGUGUAACAAAGGCGCCUGCAGGAUAUGUGACCAGUUCGGGCACCACACCUCCAUUUGCCGGCAAACCACAUCUAACGAAAAGGGACCAGUACCUGUUACGGAGAAGAAGACCCCAGGAAGGUCCUCGAAACCAACAACUUGCAGGACUGCCAGACAGAAUUUUGUUUCCUCUUCACCAAGACAGAAAGAAUACACGUCUCCUUUACCCGAACAAGACGACGAAGAAGAAUCCGAUCUAGACGAUGUGUUAUGUCUGAAAAGUACCAGUUUGAAAACAAAUCGAAACGACUGCGUUCUCAUAGGAGAAGCUCUGGUUUUCAACGGAGCAACACAAUCGCUUGAAACGGUUCAUAUACUUCUCGAUACAGGAGCAGAUCGAUCAUUUAUAUGCGAAGAGCUUGCAAGACGCCUUCGCCUAGAGAAUGAAGACUCGAUCCGAAUGAGCAUCAACACAUUCGGAAAUCACGCACCAGGGGAAACGCUUUGUGACGCUCACUACAAUCCAAAAAUUUGA